CUCAUCCGCGCAAACUCAGUGGACGAAAAAGUGUCAACAUAUUCACCACGAAGUUUACUGUUUACUGUGGCAGUCCGCGGACUUCUGGGAGAAGUUAAGAGCUUGUUUCUUGCCUCGUUUAUUGCUUUUAACCUCUCUUUUAUCAAAGAAAAACGGAGGCGCCGUGGUGAGGAACUUUCUCGUAUGCAGACCGGGCUGGUAAUAACAAAGCUCGCCUGUGUCUGUUAGCUUAACGCUCUGAACGCUAACCUUAUUUCAUUGGGACGGAGAGAGAGAAGGAGAGAGAGAGAGACAUAGUCCUAACUUGGGUCUGUCCUCUGGGUUACUUCUGAAGAAGAAUGAAGUCGAUUGCAGUCUUCCUGUGUCUUGGAUGUGUCUUCAUGUCGCCGGUGGAUAUGCAUCCUCGGCGAGACUGGACCAAACUCAUCUUGACUCACCACUGGCCAGAGACGUUUUGCACCAUGGAACACUGCACUGCAAACAUUAGUUAUUGGACCUUGCAUGGAUUUUGGCCUAACAUUGGUAUCAGUUGCAACUCAUCUUGGCACUUCGAUCCAAGUCUGAUAGAGGACCUACUUCCAGAAAUGAGAAAAUUUUGGCCAGAUCUUCUUCAGCCUGCAUCUACAUCAUUUUGGAAGUAUGAAUGGCUGAAACAUGGAACGUGCGCCGCCAAAGAUGAAGAUUUAAACAGUCAACACAAAUACUUCAGCAAAGCCCUCGAGCUCUACCACAAGCUGGAUCUUGAUGGAGCCCUGAAGAAAAGCCAAAUUGUACCCUAUGAAAAGUACUACAAGCUGGGAGAUUUGGAGGAAAGCAUCAUGAAUUCUUAUGGAGUAACACCAAAAAUUCAGUGCGUUCCAGGAAAGGGAGGCCAGUUCCAGACCCUGGGACAGAUAGAGAUCUGCGUUGACAAGCAAUUUCAGCUGACUAACUGUGAGAAGACCAGCGAGGAACUUCUGAUCAGUGGCAACGAAGUUCUGCCGUUUGUCUCCCUCAGCCGCUCAGGAUUCACAGUGUGUGACCCCUCUGUGCCAGUCUACUACCCUCCAUUAUCCGCUAAACACAAAGGCAGAGGCUUCUUUAAGGCUUAGAGGUUUGCAACACUCCACGUGUGCUAGGCCUGUGGUGCAAUUGCUGUUGAAAUUUUUAGAGCAGUUUGGCUUCGCUGUUUUCCUGUGCCUGUUGACCAUUGCAGAGCAAACAGGGCUUUCUUCACUUGUUUUUACUAAAGUAAUCAGGUUAAUGCAAUUUACACUGGGCAUAUGUUUUGUAUGAUUUACAUGGUAUAUCACAUGCAUAAAUUAUAUGCUGGAAGAUCUGUUAAAACUUUAACGGGAUCCCUGUUAAUAACUCGUAACAGUUUGGCUAGUUGAGUGUAAAUUGUACGUUAAACUCCUAAGCAUUAAAGAACAUUUAGAAUAUUUUUUAGAAUAUGUUGGAAUGUAUGUCAUGGGAUCAUUAAAUUACAUAGCACAACAGAUCAGCGUCUUUUGGGUACGGUGCAAUACCUCUCUUUUUAAGGCUAUUGGGUUUUGGGCUUGGUCGGUUUGUUAGCUUUUUUUGGAUGUGAAUGUUUACACUGUGUACUUCUUUCUCAUUUGUCUUACUUUAUGUUUCAUUUGAGAAGCUAGUUGCUGUGUAUUCUGACCACUAGGUGUCCAAAUACAGUAAAUGUGUGCAUACAAGUUUUUAACACUAGGGGUCAGCACCUGCACUCUCAGUAUCUCUUCAAUAAUCAGGUGUUGUGUUUCUGAAAGAGACAAUGUGGUGGGGAAAGACAUUUUAAGAAGUUAGAAAGUAAAAUCUAAAUUAUACAACAUUAUCUGUCUUUUGAUUAAAUCUUUUGUGAGAAUUACAGAACUACAGCAUUUUUUAAUGCACAUUUUAAUGGUUAAGAGGUGAAGAAAGUAAUUCAAAGUGGUUUGGUGUGAAAUGCUUCAUUCUAGAGAGUCAGAAUUGCUCACAGUGGUGGUGAUAGGAACCAGACGUCCCCCUCUAAAAGCUCCCUCACAGAAAGUUACUACAUGAAAUAGUAAUGAGUACAUUUACUGAUCACAAUGCCUGCAAUGUUGCUUUUACUAGUUUUGGAUUACAUUUAUAAUAAAUUCAAAGUGUAAUAUUAUACAUUCAUGGCAGAGAAUGAAUGUAGGUCAGUAAACUAGUACCUAAAGAAACAUAAUUAUAAACAUAUUCAUAUUUACCAUGAUUUUACCAUCAUCUACAUUACAUGUAUUAACUCAGAUGUGUAGGUUCACUGGUGGUUUUAGGUAGUAAGUAAAAUGGCUGUAUUUGUGUUGUAGACACUGUGACCCCUGGUUCCUAUCACCACCAUUGUAAAGAAACCAGAGUCAGUAAGUUUCUCUGAACCAUUUCACAUCAAACCACUCUGAAUAACUUUGUUUACAUUUCAAUGUUUGAAUUAUGCAGCAGUUUUGAAAGAUCAGUGUAAUUCUGCUUUAAGUCGAAUUCUCCCGUGUCAUUCUGUUGAUAUGGAUGGACAAAUCUCUCUCAGUUGAUUUAAAUGUAACCUGGGCAUUUCAUGUUCAUGCUGUGUAAGUAAAAGUUAAUGUCUGUAUAUUUCCAUUUUAAAAGGCAUUUCCAACACUCCCUGCUGUUUGUCUACUGUGUCAGGACUGGUACAGUGAGAUGGUGGAGGUCUGUAGGGUUUAGAUUUGGCCAGCGCUGCCAAACUGAAAGCAGCGUAAAUCUCUAACUCAAAGACAGCCAUUGUUUAUCUCGGCCUUGUAGACAACUGUUAGAUGUCAGAACAGUUUAGAUUUAAAUCAUGCUCCUCUCUGCUGAUGAUGUCUUAUCCCUGUUAAUCCAGGGCUGUUUAUUACUUGAAAAUACUGAUGGACGUUUUACUUUUUUAAAUUGGGAAUUAAAUGAUUGUAAUGCAUUGAUUCAAUUAAAUAAAACAUGAGCUUAUUCAAUA